UACCUGGGGGGCUAUAAAAAUACUUUUGAUUUACUCUCUGCUAUUCAGUGAACUGUAAUUCAACUGUGCAUGAUACCGUUUUCAGUAAGCAAAUUAUUAUACACCUUGAAUCAGAUUGUAAUCUUCGUAAUAUAGUUAAAUGUUUAACAGUUUAUAGUUUUCCAAUUGGUGAAGGAGAUUUCAAUUCCACCUGGCGUGUUUUAUAAGUUUGCAAUACUUGAUUGGUGUCGCUCUUGAGAGUUUCUUUUGUACAACGCUGAUCUAUCUUUGACUUGAAUGUACAAGAAGUUUAAGCAGCUUGUUCGGGCUGACAAAUCAUCGGGUCACGUCAGUGAACAAGCAUUUUCUGCGAAGUCACAGCUCUCACCUGAGGUGCCACUUCCGGGUCGUAGUGGACCUACAUCUACAAACAAGAUGGCUUCUAUUGUGUCAGCCGACGAAGUGCUCUCGAAAAUUCGUGACGAAGUAGUGCACGAAGGCCAUGGAGCAUCACAUGUAUUCCUUAUUAUGGGGGCUUCGGGUGACCUCGCAAAGAAAAAAAUUUAUCCAACCCUUUGGUGGUUGUUCAGAGAUGGACUCCUCCCCCCUAAGACCUACUUCAUUGGCUAUGCAAGGAGCAAACUUUCCAUGCCAGCUCUACAGAAGAACUGCUUGCCCUACAUGAAGGUCAAGGAAGGAGAGGAGGACAAAGUGAAGGCCUUCUUCAAGCUGAAUGACUAUGUGGCCGGCAGCUACGACAAGACAGAGGACUUUAUGCGGCUCAACAAGGCCAUUGAGGAGAAGGGCAGCUGUAACCGCUUGUUCUACCUGGCUUUGCCUCCAUCUGUUUUUGAGACUGUCACGCUGAAUUUGAAAGCCGUCUGCAUGUCUAAAGGCGACAAGUGGACAAGGAUUGUAGUAGAGAAACCCUUUGGCAGAGACUUGGCGAGCUCCAACAGACUUUCCAAUCACUUGGCUGCCCUGUUCAAAGAGGAGGAACUGUAUCGUAUUGACCACUAUUUAGGCAAAGAAAUGGUGCAGAAUCUGAUGGUGUUGAGGUUUGGUAACCGAAUCUUCAGUCCAAUUUGGAACCGUGACAAUAUUGCCAGCGUGGUGAUUUCUUUCAAGGAACCCUUUGGCACUCAAGGCCGUGGUGGCUAUUUCGAUGAGUUUGGCAUCCUGAGAGACGUCAUGCAAAAUCACUUGUUACAAAUCUUGACCUUGGUUGCCAUGGAGAAGCCUCCAUCCACUCACGCUGAGGACAUUCGAAAUGAAAAGGUGAAAGUCCUGAAGAGCAUACAUUCCCCCAACAUGGAGGAUGUUGUGCUGGGACAGUACGUAGGUGACCCCAACGGCAGCGGAGAUGCCAAGGAUGGCUACCUAGAUGACCCAACUGUGCCAAAAGGAUCUGUGACCCCGACUUUCGCCACAGUUGCUCUGCAUGUUCAAAACGAGAGGUGGGAUGGCGUGCCCUUUAUUCUCAGAUGUGGUAAAGCACUGAAUGAGCGCAAAGCUGAAGUGCGAGUCCAGUUCCGAGAUGUGGCGGGUGACAUUUUCCCCGGCGGCGAGGUGAAGCGUAACGAGCUGGUGAUCCGCGUGCAGCCCAGUGAGGCCAUCUACAUGAAGAUGAUGGCCAAGACUCCCGGAAUGAGCAUCAAUGCUGAGGAGAGUGAGCUCGACCUCACAUACGGCAGCAGAUACAAGGAUGUCAAAAUGCCUGACGCCUACGAGCGUCUCAUCCUAGACGUUUUCAUGGGUUCCCAAAUCCAUUUUGUGCGGUCUGAUGAGUUGUAUGAAGCUUGGCGCAUCUUCACGCCUCUCCUGCACCAUAUCGAGAAAGAGAAGCCCAAGCCCAUUCCUUACGUCUACGGCAGCCGAGGACCCCCCGAAAGUGAUGAGUUUUUUAAGAAGUUCAACUUCACUUACUCUGGAACGUACAAGUGGCCACACUCUAACUCCUCCAAGAUGUGAGAGGUCUGACCUUGAGGACAUUCUGACUGCAUGCGGUCUCCACAGGUGGCUUCUCCAGCAGGAUUUUUGUUAUGUUUCUGUUUUCAAAAAUGUUGACCACUCAGUCAUCUAUGGCUGGCAGGGGACUCAAACUCAAAUCACCCUCAGGACUGCUAGAGGUGAGAGUCCGGAUGAGCAGCUUGGGCCACAUCAAGCAUUUCACGAAAUAAAAGUUUCAGGUAUUUUCUUUUAAAACUUCUCCAUCUUUGUUCAUAGCAGUUUAGAACAUGAACAAUUCUUCCAACAUAGGCAAGCUUCUCUUGAUUACUCCUUGCUGUAAGAGACCUAGUGGUGUAUGGAGUGUGGAUUUUCACAGAUUUUUUGCAAACUUAAAUACUACCUCAGGAAAAAAAUGUAUUACAAAUUUUCCUAUUCUUUUAGGAAAUAUUCAAAAGACAAAUUUGUAGAUCUCUUUUCUGUUAAUAUGCAUGCAAAAUAACAACCUAUUUCAAUGAAAAAUAAGUGUAGUAUUCAUCGCAUAAGACAUGUCAUCAAAAUCUAAUAUAUGGCGGCUGUCUCCAUGACAUUGAAACAUUUUUCUCAAAUUUUUUUUGCGGAUUUUAAGACUCCUCACUAUGCUUGUUAUAUUUGUGAAAUUUGGUAAAAUUUGAUCCACUAAUAAGUGAGUUAGCCUUCAGGUGUAGCCCACCCGCCCCACCUCUCUUCUUAACACUAAACUUUAACGUCAAGUAGGGAACGUGAAAUAACGUCUUGCGGGGGCUCAGUUGGCCCCAUGGCUGUGAGUUUGAGACCCCUGAUCUAUGGUGACAGCUCAUUUAUGUAUGUUGACUUUGUUGGCUGUUCAUGUUUGUAACUGAUCAAAUUUGUUACUGAGGUUUUUUUUAUGAUACGAAUUACACUGGUAAUUAUAUUUUUGUUUUUCGAAAUGUUUUUUUUUUUCCAUUGUUUUGUAUCAGAGAGGAUUUUUGUCCCUCUUUAUAUCCCAGAGAUUGAUUUUUUUACACUGACUGAUAUGGGUGACAUAAUUACUGUUGCAUUUUGGAAUGGAAAUUUUGAGGUUCUGUAUGAUUGAACAAAUAUAUGCAUGGCUUGCUGACCUUCAAUGGGAAUGGCGUCAAUGGCCAGCCCUGUCAUUUAAGGGGGCGAGAUGCAAAACCCGCUAAGCUGGGAAAAAAAAUCGAGAUUUUUUGCUUAUAAAUGCACAUUUUCUGCGCAUUUUCUGUGGCUGUCAAAUACUCAAAGUGUUUUCAGCCAAAACCCAUGGCAUACUUCCUAAAAACCACCAAAAACUUGUCUUUUUAUGCGUGUUCGUGCGUAUAGCAGCAUUAAAAAAAGCUGAUUUUUUUCAAAAGUGCUAAAAUGGAUGUAGCAGGUUUUGCAUCUCAGCCCCUCAUUUCUUCUCGCCCAUGACAGUCUGAAGGGUUUGAUGUACUGCCCCCUAGGUGGGCACCAUUUACCACUUCAUUGAAAGGUGCAACACUGCUGUACAGUUGCUAACAUGUUUCCCAUUUAUCUGAACCCUGUCAUCAUCAUCACCAUCAUCAUCAUCAGCCUUUCUCAUCGACGAAUAAGCCACCAACAAGAGCUCUUGAUGUACUUCUGUCCUGAGCUAUAGUCUCAACCUCUGUCUGGCUGAAUCCCAUCUGCUCUAGGUCAGAAUCUAAGUCCCUCCCGAAAGUUCUUUUAGGCCUUCGUUUUUUUCUCUUUCCGAGCAGAUUCCUUCUAACAGUUUGGUGGGAAAUAAUUGUUUCAGUUUACUCAACGGACUUUGUCAGAUGAAUGGUAAUUGCUCAAAAUUCAACGAAUCCUGCUGAACAUCCUUGCUUCUUUCUCAGUUCAAGAUGACAAUCGAGUAUAGUGAGUCCCAUGUUUGUUUUUGACAAGAUGUUAAAUGAAAAGCCUACUGCAGGUUUUUUUGUAAAGCAAAAUGUGAACCUCACUACAUGUUUGCAUAUAUAUUCCCUUGUUGUAUUUCCAAAUGCACCACUCGGUGAAAAAGGUGAUGAGUCAGCUUCUAAAUAAUAUGUUUUUCCUUGUUGUGAAUUUAAUAUUUUUGAGGAAUUGUGUUCUACUCAACAAAAUUGGGAUAAAAGUCUUUGGGGUUUUUUGUGAUGGCAAGUUUUCUCUGCUGCAUGCACAUAUGGUUAGCGUCAAAUUUGUUAGUUAUUUUAAUGGAAAUAAUACUUUGUUUGAUUCCAAUUUGCCAUUAAUAUGUCUGAGACUACCAGCAAUUUUGUUUACAAGUGUAAAAGUCUGUUUGAUGCUAUGUUAUACUUCGUUUUAUUCCUCAUUCUUUUCAUAGAAAAUUCAGCUAGUUAUUUCACAACUUGAGCAAGCACUCAUCUGAUCAAUGGAAAGUUUUAGACUAUUACGGUAUCACAUAUAAUUUUAUUUCUUUAGUGAAGCCAAAAGAAGAAGAAAAGGGGUGGGGGGUUUUUUAAUUUGUACCCUGAUAGAGUCAAGAGCCUAGCACUGUCUUUGUCUUCAGGACUUUCUUGCUUACAGUUUCUGUCAUCAAACGUAAAAUGUAAGCUUUUUUUUCCUGCUUCCAAAAGACGUUUUUUCCAUAGACGAUGUUCUUUUUUUCUUUCUGUUCUUAUAAUGUUGUGCCCUUUCUGCUGUUCAUAUAAAGCCUCUCUUCCUGCUAUAGGACUAGAAUUCUUAUUUUUAACUUCAGUGAGGUUUUUUUUCUGCUGCUUCCUUUCUAUUGUCUUCCUGGUGUCUUGUUCUAAGACUUUUUGACUUUAUGGCCACGCAAAGCUAAGAAACUGUUUUUAGUUUGAUACGAAUUUUACGUGAAAAAUUUACUCCACUGUCAAUUCCAUAAUAUCUGAGGCAUCUACAAAUGAAAUGCUGAAUAAGUUAACUUGUGUUUGUUUGAAACAUUAGAAAUAUUAUCGACAUAAUUUUCAAGAUUGGCAGCAAAUAUGCAAUGUUACUUUUUCAUCAUGUCAUGGCUUAGGAACCGUGAUGUGUGUGCCCUCUGAAAGAUUGAGUGCUAAAGUUUAGGAUAUAUGGGUGUGGAUAUAUAUAUAUAUUUAUGUGUGUGAACGUGUGUGCAUGCUCCCUAUUUGUUUGCUCUAAUCACAAGUGUUGCUUUUGAUGUAUGGAUAUCUCAUUAUGUUAAACAAAAGUCCUUGUUUCAGAAUUUUGCAACUUUAUUCUGUUUGUUGUACAGAGUACUCUCUCUCUCUCUCUCUCUCUCUCUCUCUGUGUCACUCUCUCCAUUCCUCAGUUUACACUUCUCUUGUCAGCUUCUGGUACUUUUUAGGCCUACUAUGUGUAUGCGGUAUGAAGUAGAAAUUCUUAACCUUCCCAUCAAAAUUAUCAUUUGAGUUGUAUAUUCAUAUUUGUUUUGACUUUUUUCUCUUUCUUUCCUUCCUAUUGUUUGCUUUGGAUUUUCGUUCUUAGAUUGAUAAUCAGAAUCGGCACACUUAGAAAAUGAAGGUACUAUUGUUUCUUGACUUAUAAUACCAUCAUCAAAAGCAUUUGAUAUCUUAUGGUUUUGUUUGAGGUUCUGGAUUGUAGACUGCGUGUAUCCAGAUAAGUGUGAACUAGGGAUCUAUUUGUGGAGUUGUCAGUGCUGUCAGCUAUUUGGCUUAGUCCUAUCAGGGAUGGAUGUUGGGUUUCGGUUGGAAGUCCCCCUGAAAUUAUGAGCUUGCAUUGUUUAUUUGGGGCGUAAAGCUCAUAUUGUGCCUCACCACAACAUUUUGUCUUGCUAAUAUUCCUUUUUCGGACUACUUAAUUGAGUCAGUGUUGUGCUUCAAAUAGACCUGUGUGCUGAAGGGUUGAGUAAUCAUCCAAUAACUUGACCUCAAAUACUAUUUCAUAAUCUUUUUGGGGGGUUUGCAUUUUAUGACAUUAGUGAAAUUUAAAUUCCUUUUGCCGCUGAAAGUGUAUUGUUUACUUUCACAUAUUAAAUGUAACUGAACCAUUUUUCUGUUGACAUAUUGUUGGGGAUUUUUUGGUUUGAAAAAUUUUUGUAUUAUCUUUGAAGUUGCGAAGGAAUUGCAAUGAUAUUAGGCUUCAAAAACGAUUGUGUCAUCAUUCGUCAAGUAGUUUCACUCCUGGAGAGAAAGAAAAUGAUAUCAUUUUACAUGAUAUGAAAGAUUGUUGUAAACCCUUUUGUACUUGAAAGAGUAGUUGUGUCAUGUCGCACCCAUAGAAAACUCUCUUUGUGCUCUUUGUGUUGUUAAGGCACACAAAGUCCUGAAAUGUAAAUUUGAUAGAAGUAUACUCAGCUCUUCCAGUGCACAAAUUGAAAUGUUUGCAUUUGUCUGAUGAAAUUUUUAAAAGCAAGAUAAAUAUAACUCAGACGGGUACAAUGCCCAGCAUUUGUGGGAAGGACCAAUGUAACAGGAAAUUCUGCAUGAUAACAAGUGGAAAAUUUUAAUGAGUCCAACAGAUUUUACCUCAUAGUUUAGUUUAUCGAGAAUAAUUGUAUGCCUAGUUUGCUUUUGUACGGUUCAUAUUAUACUGCAGAGAUUAACCGGGAUAGAAGUUGUUCUCUCCGUUUAUGUCUUUGUCCUGUGUCAUUGUCACAGUGUUGUAAUUUAGUUUGUCAUACUAGCUUGACCUUGUAUACCCCAACUUACAUUCAAGACUUCUAUGGUAUUAUAUAAAUAUAUAUAUAUAUAUAUAAAUUAUUUAGUUUUUACAUACACAGACUUACUCAGAAGCUAAUGGUUUUCUUUGGUUCAUUUUUUUAAAAGUUUUGUUCAUAGAAUCAGCAGCUUUCCAGGAAAUGAACUGAGACAUAUUUGGAUUAAUGCAACAGAUAUGGCUGCUUGGUUUUUGUUUUUGUUUUUUUGUUUUUUCUUGUUUUCCAGAAUUUUCAGAGCUUUUUUUUUUGUAUGAACUUUUUUUUAAUAUCUUUUCAGUCUGCAUGUGAUACUUGUUUUGUUGCAAUGUAAUGUGAUCAGAAACCGGUUUUGUAUGGCAGGACUUUGUUAACGUAACUGCUUAUUUUUUUCCCCCACUGUUGUAUUCUGACAUUCUGACAGCAACAACAGAAGAUCGGUGACCUCAAUUUCAAGAUAUUAACAUUUGACUGUGAAGGGGGGAAUCCAAUAUGUUUGUUUAUUCUUGAUUGCUAGACCGUAAAGUAUUAUAAUUAUUUAUGUAAUUUUAACUUUGUUUUGUUUCUCUAAACAGAGCUUGACAGUUCAUCUUUUGUCUGCAUGCUUCUAACCAACUUUCUAGUGUUGCGAAGUAUAUUUUUUACAUUUUGUGGCUUGUUACGGCAUUAUUAUAAACAUGUGUUUUAUGAGUAGUUGGGGAGUGCCAGGGGUAGGUUCUACUUAUUUUCUUUGCCAUAAUUUAUUGUUGCUUUUGACUACUUUGGUCAAGCGUAAUGGCUGGUUUGUGGAUGCUCCUUUUGCUACUUUUUAGUACACAUUGAUAUUACUGUAAAAAUGUGGCUGUGGUCCGAUAUUGACUUGCUGUCAAUUAAGACUCAACUGGUUUGGCAUUAUUUUCUUAAACCUUUAGUGUGCAUUUAGAUAAUAUACACAUACGUGUACCAUGCUCUUGGGGCCCACAUUCUUAUAAUAAUUUUAAAAAAUCAUGAUGAUAAUAAAGGAGUGUUAAAAAGGUCCCAUCUGGAAAAAAAAGCUUUGUGUAUUUAACAAUUCACAGCACUAAAUGAUGGAAUCUUAUUGAAGUGCUUCUCUUUUGCAACAAAAAAAGAACAGAUGAAUUAAUGUUUCUCUUACUCUGAUAUUUAAUUGUUCAUGAAUUCGUUCAUUAUUUUUUUUAUACUGUUCCAUGUUGUCUUUCUUUGCUUGUGCACAUAUUUUCCAGUAAUCAUUCUUGUCGAGGAUAUUGUCGAUAAUUUUUCGUCUCUUCUAUUUUGCUUUUAUUGUUCUGUUGAGUGUAGAUCUCUCAUUUUUAUACCCUUCUGAUUUGAUUUGUGCAGAAUUUUGUCAGAGCCUAUGUAGAGUCACUUCAUGUCUGUUUAGAAUCUGACUACUUUUUCCAGUGCAUUUAUUAAAAUCACUUUGCUUUCUUUUCCUUUAUAUAUAUAUAUAGAUUUUAUUUCUCCAAUAGAACAACAAGAUGGAAUCCUUUAGAACUUAGAACUAAUUUUGAGCAGAGACGAGAUAUUUCUGUUUUUCUUAUCAGUAAUUCUUUUUACCUUCUAAUGUCCCUAAUUAGCCACUGAAUAGCAGAUAUUUUUCUUUAACAGCCGGGCACUGUCUUUUACUUUUCUCUUAAUUAACCUUUUUUUUUUUUUUUGCCUCUAAAUUUUUCUGUCAUCAACUUUUCAUUCCUCAGCCACUUCCCAGUUCCUCAAAGAUCUUCUUCUAAUGCCUUGUGACAUAUUUGUCUCAGUCUCUCAGCUCAGUGUGUGUACUCUAGUCCAUGCUUUUCUGUACUUGUCUUUUUCAUUCCUUUCUAUAGUUUGCACUCUGACAGAAGUGUCUUUCACUCUCCUGCACCUUUUACUUUCACUCAGUUUUAUUCAAUCUCAACGGAUUUUUUUAAAUUUAUGAUGUUCAGUAGCCCCUCAGCCCUUGCCAGGUCAUUGAAUGGUUUGACUGAAAAGUUAAGUUCUCUGCUGUAAUUUGUAUGAUCUCAACAGACACAAAGCUAAUGAGCUUCCCAUCGUCGAGGUGCUGCCAAUAUGACCUAUCUCAAUUUUUGCACUGUCGAGAUCAUGAAGAAAACUUGAUUUAUGGUUUUAUAAUGCACUUUUCCUUUAAAGAUAGGAAUUGUCAAAAUUAUGGUUAACGGCCGGGCGCUGUCGAAAAUUGUUUAAUGAUGCCAUGCACAAUGAAGUGAGGAAUUAUAAAAUGAUCACAUUCCAUUACGGCCAAGGCCUGGCUUAGAGAUCAUUUUAUGGAUGGCAGCACCAUGACAAAUAAUUGCUGUCAUUAGCCUUUCCGUUUCAGGAAAUACUAGAGGAAGAUAGAACACAGAUAGGCUUUUUUUUCUACAAUAGUAAUUGUUCUUCCUUCAUCUAUCCUGCAUUCCUGUACUGAUGUUUGUGGUCUAAUUCCAAAGGUUGGCCUGCUUGCCUUUAAUGCAGAAGAUAUGAAUUAGAUUCCCGAUUCCUAUUUGAGUGAGGAAGAUUUUUGGGGGGAUUGAGUAUUUCGUUGUUUCUACGGGAAUGUAUCUCACACAGACCAUACGGACCCUCCUACUACCCAGACGUUGAAACAUCAUUCUCUAUCAUAAAGCCAAUUUUUCUUUCUUGUCACGGUCACUGUGUGCUUUGCUUUCCUCAAUAUGAUCAUCAUUUUGGUAGCCAUCUUUGUGGAAAUGCGAUUUUUAUCAUCUUAAGCAAGAGCAGUCACGCAUGGCAAGUUGUCCCGUAUUUGAAGUGCCUUGCAGCAGUCAUCUAUUUUUGCCUUUUUUCUUUUUAAACUCUGGUUCUUUUCUACAUUGACACUGAAUUUUGAUCACGUGGUGGGUCAUUCACUCUACUUAUAUAUCUAGCCAAAUUAAAUUUUGAUACAUCGAUGUCAUUAUACUGAUUUUUUCCAUCUUUGGUACUGUGAAUAAUGUGAAUGGAGCAAGUGGAGCAAAGUUAUGCUGUUCAUGUCAUAGAAAAAUUGAUUGUUUUUUUUAUUUUAGACAAAUCAUUUGGAGUGGAUGUGCUGGUGUUUUCAUUGCCACUGUUAAAAUAUUUCCUUUACAGUAGGCCCUACUGUACCAGCUACCACUAUCUAGGAAAACUACUUGUAUUUGUCAAACACGCUUUUUUGGUGCAUGUUAAAUUCUUUUAUGGGGAUCAUCAUUUUCAAAAAUCUUUGAGAGGGUCGGUGUAAAUAAAAUCUAGCAUUUGGCAUCAAACGAAUAAAUAUCCACAAAGUAGAUCAUUGAAUACAUGUGGAAGUAGAUAUUCCAGGUAAGUACAAUUGACCCAUGUACUGAAACUGUUGUCUUGAUCAGCUAAAAGGGCUUGCUUCAGAACUCUACUUUUUUAAAAUCUUCAUUGAAAGGGUUAUGACUUCUGCUGUGUGUAGUUUGAAAGUUUACUAACUUUGUGUUCUUGGAUGACUGGAGAAAUUCUGCCCCGCCCCCCCCCCGAAGGCAUUUCUAGGUGAUAUUCAAGCCACAUUCUUAGAAUAAAUAGUUUUAGUUUUUUUACUCAAGAAAAAGUUCUGUGUUGUGGGUGUUUUCAUAUAUACAAAGACUGUACAAUGGUGUCAGAAGCUGAAUUAAAUUUUGUUUCCAAUUGGAUGGAUGGCUGUGGUUGAUUCUAAACAUCAACAAUAUUUGUGUUGUGAUUGUUUAAUUGUUCAGUAUUUUGUAUAGGACAGACUUUUGUGUGCGUGAAGAGCCUAUGGUGGAAGGUGAGGAUGGUAUUGUGUGUUUUUUCCGUUGAAAAAGACACUCCGCUUUUGUAUGUUGUUUGUUCUAUUCGUAGUUUUAUCUUGUUGUAGAAAAAUACACACCGAGUUGUAGAAGUUAUAGAUUUUGAAAAAAUACGUAUUGAUAUACCGAGACGAAUAUUACCUGUCAGCUUUCAUUAUGUAGGGGAGAUGUUUGUUUUCAGCUCCUCUUGCAAUUCGUUUGCAGUUUUAUUUCACUUGAAACAUCAUCCAUUUAUUCUAAGCUGCAGUAUGUCCUCAGUCUACAACAGGCUUUGGCUAACGUUUGGUGCCAGAAUUUUAUGCAGGCCUGACUCCUGGUUGUUGAUUACAAAAGAUUUUAUUAUGGAAUUCAAAAUGUUAUUUUUCUAUUAUCUGCUUCCAUGUUCGCUUACAAUCAACCCACAGCCAUAGGAGUGCAUGGAAAGUUUCUAUCUGAGAGCGCCAACGUGACUAUGUUAAUGUAUGAAAUUAAAAGAUCACUUUAUCAUUUUGAAACAUGAAAGUCUUGUGAUAAUUUUAGGCUUCACAUCUCUUGCUAUGGCAUUAGUACAUAGUACUAGUAGCAUGCUGUUAUCUUAUUUCUGUAGUACAUAACAAAGUUAUUUUAAUAUCUGAUAUCUGGUUCAGAUUUGCAUAUUAUUAUUAUUAUACGGUUAAUACAGUCAAACCUUGUUAUACUGCCACACUUGGGAUGAGCAUGAAGUUGUUGGAAUAAUGGAUCUAGCGGUUUAACAGGGUUCCUCUCCUCCAACUUUCCAAAGUCAAGGGAAAUUAUUCUGCUGUGUGAUCCGUUUGAAAGGGGAUUUUUGUUGGUGAUUUAAGUGUACAUGAGCUGAGAAUCUUCGCUUUCUCUCUCUCAUGUAUAUGUAUUAAGAUUAGAACUAAGGGUCUUCUGUCUCUCUCCCUCUCCCUCUCUCUCCCCAAAGUCAAACCCUGCUGAACUUUACUUAAGUUCAAAUUUACAUUUGUUUAAAAAGGACAGUACAACAUUUGGGGGAUGGCGAUGUGAAAACUUAAAUAUUAAAUUUAUAUAUAUAUAGGUGUUCCUUUGGCAAAACCUAGCUGUAAGCAGGGCUGGCGGUAUAACAUGGGGCAGUAUAAUGAGGUUUGACUAUUCAAGUACAAGAGAAACAGUUUUUUCCUGAAAGUUCUCUCAUGUUAUUCAGACUCUUACAUGACCUCAUUAGAGGAAGUUCAUGACCUCAUAUAUGCAGUUUAAAAAGUGCUUUGUUUAUAUUUUUAUUAUAUUAAUACUAAGCAGCUUUAGAUCAGUCUUUGAGAUACACAGUAGGUUUUAUUAUGAAAUGAUUGGACCUCUGCUACAUUUACAAACAUACAUGCACUACUGAAGUGAGAUAUGGAAACGAUAUUAUCAGUUGGUCUCGGAACCAAAUGAUAUGAUUAUUCAUUAUUGAAUUGUGUGACCACAUUUAAUCUUUUGUGUACACAUGUUAUGGAAUAUUUCUUGGAAUUCUUGUUUUCCUAUUUGUUAUUCAUUCUAACCCAUGUAAUGUUCUAAAUGAUAGGCAUAAUGAAAAUGUAAUAUAUCGUCACUGCAGUUCGCUAUCUGCCCAUGGAACAAAAUUUGAAAACUCUGGUCUUAAGGCAUUUGACCUAAGCACAAUCUUAAAAAUCAGCUUUCACAUUUUACUUUGCAUCAAACAAGUUAUGUUUAAGUUGUCAUGAAUUAUAAUUGAGUCAGUUAUAAUUCAUGACAACUUAAACAUAAAUUGUUAAAAUCAAGAGGCUAAAACGCGUAUUAAACUUAUAAAAAUGUUUUUUUCACAUUUUCUCAAAAGUAACUGAAUGCUCUAUACGCGGAAGCAAAUUGCACUGAAGAUAUGCUCAUAUUCUAGCUCACAUUUUGCCCUGUAAUGGUAAUGCAUACUGAAAGAAUGCAGAGAUGACUGCAAUGCGACACGACUAUAUGAAAUAUCUGACAAAAGGGCUUAGAGGCAUUUUUAACAACAAGUCAUGUAUGUAUUUAUUAAAACAGUACAUUGUAUUCUUAUUAAAGAUAUUGACACAGAAUA